AGAUCUGAGGGCCUUGAGUUUACCUUCACAUACUUUUAUGAUGUGACAGAUGACUAAUCUAAUCUGUCUAAUGUUCCCUCCAAAUCUUCGUCUUGUUCAUACCAGUAAAAAGAGACUAAAACAACAUUUUUCAAACUCAUCCCUCCUCCCUCACUCCUUCCCUUCCUCCCUCCUUCCUUCCUUCUACCUAUCUAUCUGUCUAGCUACUCCCCCCUCUGUCGUCUAAUGCCUGAAUAAGCACCGUCAGACACAUUAGGUGAGCCUGUCUGCAGGUAUAAAGAGCUUCUGGCAGCGGGUGGGACAGAGCAGCAGAGUGUUGGUGGAGACACGUUACCUGUCCCUGAACACAGCAAAGAAACUACAACGUCAGUCUAGAGCCUCCCUGACAGAUAAACGAUAAAGUAUCCUGCACCAAAACUGACUUCUUGUAUCAUCUGAAGCAACAUGAGAGAGUGCAUCUCUAUUCAUGUGGGUCAGGCAGGUGUCCAGACAGGAAAUGCCUGCUGGGAGCUCUUCUGUCUCGAGCAUGGCGUCGGGCCUGACGGUGUCUUCCUGGACACUCCAGCAGAACCCAACUCUCGUGACGACCCGUUCAACACUUUCUUCAACACUGGGAGCUCUGGACGUCACGUUCCAAGAGCAAUAUAUGUGGACCUGGAGCCCACAGUGGUCGAUGAAGUAAGGGUUGGAAAGUAUAAAGAGCUUUUCCACCCUGAGCAACUGAUCUCUGGAAAGGAGGAUGCAGCCAACAACUACGCUCGUGGUCAUUACACCAUUGGGAAAGAUAUCAUUGAUGGAGUGAUGGAGCGUGUGCGUAAAAUGACAGACCAGUGCACAGGCCUGCAGGGGUUCCUAGUCUUUCACAGCUUUGGAGGUGGAACCGGCUCUGGCUUCACCUCUCUGCUGAUGGAGCGUCUAUCUGUCGACUACGGCAAGAAGUCCAAGCUGGAGUUCGCCGUCUACCCGGCUCCCCAUGUGUCAACUGCUGUGGUGGAGCCCUACAACGCCAUUCUGACCACCCACACCACCUUAGAGCACUCUGACUGUGCCUUCAUGGUGGACAACGAGGCCAUCUACGACAUAUGUCAACGCAACAUGGACAUUGAAAGUCCAGGUUACACCAACCUCAACAGAUUGAUUGGUCAGAUCGUGUCCUCGAUCACAGCCUCCCUCCGUUUCGAUGGCGCCCUCAAUGUCGAUCUGAUGGAGUUCCAGACCAACUUGGUCCCAUUUCCACGUAUCCACUUCCCACUGGUUACCUACUCGCCCAUCAUCUCUGCUGAGAAGGCGUACCACGAGCAGCUGACUGUGGCCGAGAUCACGAGUGCUUGCUUCGAGCCGACCAAUCAAAUGGUCAAGUGCGACCCUCGUCAUGGCAAAUACAUGGCGUGCUGCAUGCUGUACCGAGGUGAUGUCGUCCCUAAGGAUGUGAACGCAGCCAUUGCAAACAUAAAGACUAGACGCUCCAUUCAGUUUGUCGACUGGUGCCCCACUGGCUUCAAGGUUGGCAUCAACUACCAACCUCCAACUGCAGUUCCCGGUGGUGACCUGGCAAAAGUCCAGAGAGCCGUGUGCAUGCUGAGCAACACCACCGCCAUCGCUGAGGCCUGGUCUCGCCUCGACCACAAGUUUGACCUCAUGUAUGCGAAGCGUGCGUUCGUGCACUGGUACGUGGGUGAGGGCAUGGAGGAGGGAGAGUUUGCAGAGGCCAGAGAGGACCUGGCCUCCCUUGAAAAGGAUUAUGAAGAGCUGGGUCGAAUGAAUCCCGAUUCUGAAAAUGACGACGAAGAGUAUUGAACCUGACGGCUGCACAGCGAUGAUUUCAUAUCUGUACUGCAUAUCUUUGAAGCUAGACUAAACCUAACUGAUCUUUUUCUCUGUCGUGUAUCAGCUUCAGAUUGAGAAGAUCAACUACUCUAAUUUGUAUUUGAAUUGUGCUGUGAAAUAAAGUUUGUCUUGACAGAA